GAUCUUUCCCUUUGGAUUCGCUGCUUCACUUCACUUUCUUCCGUCGGCUAUUUCGGGCAGAGAGCCAACCAUGUCGACCUCUCUUCUCGUUCGAUGCUCUUCCUUUCCCUCUCCCGCUCUCUCCUUCCUCUCGUCCUCUUCUUCUUCUUUUCACUCCUCUUCUCCCAAGUUUUCUACUCUUUCUACGGGUUGUGUUUCUGUUAAACCUGUUGUCUCUACUAUCACUUGUUGCUCGGGGCAACAGUCUCAGGUGAGCGUCGUCAAUGGCAGAAUGGAUGGAAAAGUUGUGGAGAGGACCGAGAUUCGUCUCGGGUUGCCCAGCAAGGGUCGAAUGGCAGAUGAUACUCUCGAUCUUCUCAAGGACUGUCAAUUGUUUGUCAGGAAGGUCAAUCCACGGCAGUAUGUUGCACAAAUCCCUCAGCUAUCCUCUCUAGAAGUCUGGUUCCAGCGGCCAAAAGACAUUGUACGACAAUUGUUAUCUGGAGAUUUAGAUCUUGGUAUUGUGGGUUUUGACACAGUCAGGGAAUAUGGACAGGGGGAUGAAGAUCUUAUCAUUGUUCAUGAUGCUCUUGAAUAUGGUAACUGCCAUUUAUCCCUUGCAAUUCCCCAAUAUGGAAUUUUUGAAAAUAUAAACUCGAUUAGUGAGCUAGCACAAAUGCCUCAGUGGACUGAAGAAAAACCUCUUCGAGUUGCUACUGGAUUCACUUAUCUAGGUCCUAAAUUUAUGAAAGAAAAUGGAUUGAAGCAUGUGACAUUUUCCACUUUUGAUGGGGCACUGGAGGCCCAGCCUGCGAUGGGGUCAGCUGAUGCUAUUUUGGACCUUGUGAGUAGUGGUACAACACUAAAAGAAAACAACUUGAAGGAAAUUAAAGGCGGAGUUGUGUUGGAAAGCCAGGCUGUUCUUGUCGCAAGCAAGAGAUCAUUGAACAGGACAGCUGUGAGGGUUACAACCCGUGAGAUUCUCGAAAGACUGGAGGCACAUUUGAGGGCAGGUGGUCAGUUCACGGUAACAGCAAACAUGAGAGGUAGUAGCGCAGAGGAAGUGGCAGAGAAAGUACUAAGUCAACCAUCAUUAUCUGGGUUGCAGGGCCCUACAGUAAGCCCAGUCUUCUGCAAACGCAAUGGAAAGGUUGCAGUUGAUUAUUAUGCAAUAGUCAUAUGUGUACCCAAAAAGGCAUUGUACGAUUCUGUUCAGCAACUAAGAGAGAUUGGAGGCAGUGGUGUUCUAGUUUCUCCUUUAACCUACAUUUUUGAUGAAGAGCCUCCAAGAUGGCUUCAGCUUGUCUCAAAACUUGAGAACUAGGUUUGUUCAAUUAUCUUGAUUGUACUGUUCUUUCAAAUUAGGGCUCUCUCUGUGUUUUUCCGAUUACUUGGGAUUUCUCGAGUUCAUCGGAAAGUUUUUGUUAUAAUCAUUUUCUCUGUAUUUAGGAGUAUCCUAUUGUAAACUUGUUAGUCCGACUGUGAAAGCUGUACUAUUUUAGUUGUUUUCUUAAGUCUGGUAAAAAGUUUGUGUGCCUAUAUAAUGAAGGCAAGGGAAGGACAUGUCAAGACACAAUUCUGCAAUUCAAUGAACACUUUUUCAGAUAUUCUUCAGAGAA